AUGUCAUCCAGGAUCCCAGCCAUCGUCUCCGACCGCGUGAGUGUUGCGGCCAAGAAGGCGAUUGACGUGGUGGCAAAGUUUGUAGAGGAGGAAUGCAUCCCGGCGGACCCGGUUCUGGAGGCGCAGGUUGGCGAAGGUGAUGACCGCUGGGAGACUCACCCACCCAUCAUCGAGGAGCUCAAGGCCAAGGCGCAGAAGCUCGGCCUGUGGAACAUGUUCCUUCCCAAGGGCCACUACGCCGAGUCCCCUGGAUGGACCAACCUCGAGUACGGCCUGAUGGCGGAGUGGCUCGGCCGGUCGCGGUCGGCAAGCGAGGCAUGCAACUGCGCGGCACCGGACACGGGCAACAUGGAGGUUCUGGCCAAAUACGGCAACGACCAGCAAAAGGCCCAGUGGCUGAAGCCGCUCAUGGAGGGUCGCAUCCGCUCCGCCUUCCUCAUGACGGAGCCCGAGGUGGCCAGUUCCGACGCCACCAACAUCCAGCUUAGCAUCCGUCGCGAGGGCGGAGAGUACGUCCUGAACGGGUCCAAAUGGUGGUCCAGCGGUGCUGGAGACCCUCGUUGCUCCAUCUACAUUGUCAUGGGCAAGAGUGACCCAGAUAAUAAGGACAAGUACCGCCAGCAGUCGGUCGUUCUUGUUCCAGCUGAUACACCGGGCAUCAAGAUUCACCGCAUGCUUAAGGUUUACGGGUACGAUGAUGCACCCCAUGGCCAUGGUCACAUUUCGUUUGACAAUGUCCGUGUGCCUGUUGCGAACAUGGUGCUCGGCGAGGGCAGGGGAUUCGAAAUUAUCCAGGGUCGUCUUGGCCCAGGACGUAUUCACCACGCUAUGCGUACCAUUGGAUCGGCCGAACGCGCUCUGGACUGGAUGCUGAUGCGCGUAAACGACUCUCGCAAGACGCCUUUUGGUAAGAAGCUACGUGAGCACGGCGUCAUCCUCGAGUGGAUCGCCAGAUCGCGUAUCGAGAUCGACUCGGCGCGCCUGGUGGUGCUCAACGCUGCCAUCAAGAUGGACGACCUGGGCCCUAAGCGUGCCCUCAAGGAGAUUGCCGAGGCCAAAGUGCUGGUCCCCCAGAUGGCACUGACCGUCAUUGACCGGGCGGUGCAGUCGUUUGGCGGCGCAGGCGUGUGCCAGGACACACCUCUGGCGAAUAUGUGGGCGGGCAUCCGGACACUGCGCCUGGCUGACGGACCGGACGAGGUUCACCUGCAGCAGAUGGGACGCAACGAGAACCGGCGGGGCAAGGAGGCGACAGAGACAAUACAGUGGCAAAAGGCCAAGACGGAGGAUUUGAUGAAGAAGCAUGGAGUGUCGGCGGCCGAGCCGGGAACCAAGAUUAGCAGGUCCAAGAUUUGA